AAGUCCUGGACUUCCGGAUUUCAAUGGUUUCAAUUCCAUUCUAGCCUCUUCUGUGGUUUCUACCUUGCUGUUAUUGUCAGGACGUCCAUAAAAGCCCAGAUCGGACCCUGAAAGUACGGCUACCCAUCUCAGUUUCUCAACUGAAUUGACCAGGAGAUUUAUUGCUGCAGAGAUUGUGCAUCCAGUGACAAUUGCUCUAUCUCCAAUCUCUGACAGUCUGUAGUAAAGUUUUUACAUGCACACUUUUUAGAGUGAUUUUUAUUUUAAUUUUUUUUGCACACAGUCAAAGCAAGCGUUACUUAAGGCAGUUUUUCAAACUUAUGCAUGGCGUAAAUCAGUAUUUUUAUUAGUCAGAAAAAGACAGACUGUUGGAAUGGUGAAUAAUAUGGGAGAAGGAGUGACUCAGUCUUUUAAUGGACUGGAAAUACAGUGAAUAUUUGAGUGCAAUGGAAAUGGUAAAAUGCCGUGCUGCAACAUGCAAUCACAAAUGUUCUUCAGUGUGUUCUUUCCUUGCCCAUUUUCCUUGCCCUGAUUCAGCAUGUGUGUUUCAGCAAUUCACUGUUGCUCUUUUCUCUUUGCUGGUAAAAGUUGUUUUUUUUUUCUUCUUCUUCGGUUUGACUGUUUAAAAAGCAUAGAAUAAAAACCUUUGAAGAUUGGGCUAUAAAAAAAUACACACUUUUAUAUGUGAUAAAGGCUUGAGCAAAAAACAUAAGCAACAUUUUUUUUGUUUCUGUCUUUCCACAGCUGCAGUAGUUCAGAUGAUCUUACCCCCACAGAGCAGAGAAGAUUUGCUGAAGUAUUUCUGUACAUUGACAUUGGAUCCCAAUACAGGACACCGUUCCCUUAUUCUGUCUGAGAAGAACAGAGUAGUGACGCGCAAUGAGAAAGCCCAGAGAAUCUCUGAUCAUCCUGCUAGAUUUGACAAUUAUGCUCAGGUGUUGAGUAAGGAGAGUGUGUGUGGAUGCUGUUACUGGGAGGUGGAGUGGAAAAGUGAGGACUCUGUGUACAUAUCGGUCUCUUAUAAAGAUAUUAACAGGAAGGGGUGGGGUAAUGAGUGCCUGUUUGGACGCAACAAGCAGUCCUGGACUCUGGUGUGUUCGUCUUCCACUCUAUCUUUCUGGCACAAUAAUUUGGAGACUGAUCUUGGAGGUCCACCAUCCUCCAGAAUAGGAGUGUAUGUGGAUCAUGGUGCAGGAACCCUGUCCUUCUACAGUGUCUCUGACACGAUGAAGUUCCUCUAUAGAGUCCACACCACAUUCACUCAGCCCCUAUAUGCUGGGUUCAGGAUCUGGGAUUCUGGAACCGUGAGGUUAUGUGACUCAAAAUAAAGCAUCUGUGGUGCAAUCUGGUUAAACUUAAGAAGCUAAACUAUUCAUAGAUAUUGUCCGAUUAUUCAUCUAUACAUUAUAUAUAUGUAUGUAUUAUUUUAAAAUAGAAAAAAGGAUAGGAAAGUACUAGGCUUGUGUGUGGGAACGAAAACACUAGGUUUAACACUAAUCG